CGGUGACGAAAACCGGGUCGCCAUCUCCGCGUCUGGCUGAGACAAGGCGCAAUGUGUCCCGGACCGUUUGGCCGUUACUAGGUCCACAACUAUAUGUGCACAGGCGGCGGAUACAUAUAGAUUGAUUGAGAAUGAUGGUCACGCAGUGCACAUUGAGUACGUACUCAAUGUAGAAAGCUGGCCAUGUGCUUUUUCCCCGAUAUUGAUGUGCAGCGCUCUAAGCACGAAAUGGACGCCUCGCCUCCAGAUUCGGGUCGGGAUACUUUGAGUAUUGACGUGAGGCGGUCUUUAUAUAGCGUCAUGAAGACCUCGAGAGUCGGUAUCUGGUUUAUCAGUCGUCCGAUUCCUUCCAAGCAAAGAUCGUUUUACUCUCAGUCGUCAACAUGUUCGGAAAGGCAGCUAUCAUCAACGCGCUCGUGAGCGCCGUAUCCGCAGGCACAAUUCUUUGGGAUGGUCGCUUCAAUGACAUGACCACUUCCUCUGAUUUGGACAAAUGGUCUUGGGCAAACCAAGUGGGCAACUACCAGUACUACAUCCACGGAUCUGGUGCUACCACUAAAUACGUAAACCUAUCGCAGAAUUACAAGAACUCUGGAGACACUGGCAGCAAGCAAGGCGCUAAGAUCACGAUCGAUAACACGGCCAAGUGGAACAGCGACAUGUGGAGGACAGAGCUCAUCCCCCAGACGAAAGCUGCUAUCAACCAGGGCACAGUCUACUACCAUUUCUCGAUCAAGAGGUCUACAACCAACGUUCCAAGUGCGACGAACGAACACCAGAUCUGUUUCUUCGAGAGCCAUUUCACGGAACUGAAGUACGGAUGGGUCAACGGAGAGUCUGGCACCAGCAACACCAACUUGCAAUGGAUGGUUGGUGGCCAAAGCAAGUGGAAGGUCGAGCUCAAGGCGGACGAGUGGCACAACGUAGCUUACGAGAUCAACUUUUCUUCCAACCAAGUCACCUUCUGGCACUCUACCGGCAACAGCACGCUCGUCAAGACUGCUGGGCCUUUCUCCACCAGCACUUCUUCCAAUGGUGCUGACUGGCACCUUGGUGUCCUUCGUCUGCCCCGCCAGGGCAACGACGGUACGGGCGCUGAAGACUGGUUCUUCUCCGGCACAUACAUUGAGAGCGGCCCGCUCACAACUUCGGUUGCUAGCCCCGCGGCAUAAAUACACUUCACUUCGUGAUUGUGGAGGCGGAAUACAUGUAUAUAUUGUGGCGAUUUGAGUAUGGAACGUAGCAUUCUAGGGCUG